CCUAGGUCGGGUUGAAGGCGGUCGGCGAUUCUUCUCUCCUCGGUUCCAUUAUCUGCCAACGCCAGUAUAAAUAUCAACAUUUGAAUUCUUAUCUUCCUCCCUGAGUAGCACAAUCAAAACAAUACAACAAUAUAUCGGUGCAGCAUUAUUUCGUCGCUUACCCAAGCCAAACCCACGCCUCCGUUUUCACUAUCUAAAUACAUAGGUUCAGAAGUUUGAUACCAUUUUUGAGCCAGGCAGUUUACUAACAGCGUCCAAAGUGUUAGAAUCUCUUGGUGCUCUUUUCUCACUCGUGCUAAAACAACUAACCAGCAGAGAAGAGACUGGACCAUUGCUGCAUACAUAGUCAAAUUCACUCGCUCGCGUUGGAGUGGCAUAUUGCUGAAACACUGCUGACAAGUGGUGAUGGUAUAAAUAGCGAAUAAUUUGCAACAACAGUCACACACCUUCAACAACGCACUACCGGCUAAUACUUAACGAAGCCUUUGCUGGACAACUUUUUGCAACUGGAUAUUUUUGGGAUUGGAAGUGUCUCACUCGCAAUCAGUUCAACGGGAUCGUCUCAUUUUCCCAGUGAUUAACUAAAGCAACCAAUCAACCUUUCAAGUCUUCGUAGAAUAAUUAAUAAACUUCAGUCGUGUUAAUGGCAAGCUUCCUGCACAAAUCUAAGGAGCAAAUUGGUGCAGCACAAAAAAUUGGGGAACUUCGACAGAAUCCUGCGGACGAUGUCUGGAAGGAGCAAGUGGACUUCAAAGUGACUCGAGGUCAAUGUUGGCAUGUGGUUUUCGCCCCGGAUGAAUCUUAUUUCGCCUGGAUUUCUGCCCCAAGAAAGCUGCUACUUGUACCCUGGGACCGAGAACGUAAUUGCAUUGCUUCUCAGUUGCCAUCAACUUUAAAGGAGAGUCGAGUGGAUGGAGGAAUUGUUGGAGGACCACGCCUCCGAGAAACCAUUACUCUCACGUGUCAAUACCCUUUUCUCUGCGUGAAUUUCGGAAUUUCCAACAAAACUGUAAAACAACCCACCCGGACCUCUUGGACCAGAUAUGAUUUUGCGAACGUCAACGUUGUCGCCACGGGGCACACCAACGGUCGAAUCCGUAUUUGGAACUUGGAGACGGGAGCUUUUCUUACGGAAUUGAUUAGCCAUCGGGCUGCAAUUCGAGACUUGGCGUUUGCUCCCGAUGGAUCCCUUCGCUUGAUUUCGGCAUCUUUGGACAAAACAUUGAAGGGGUGGGAUCUUCAUGAAGAUGGAAACAUGUUCAAAACAUUCAUUGCUCACAAGGAGGAAGCAUUGUGGUGCACUUGGUCACCAAACUCAAAAUUGUUGGCAUCGACUGGAAACGAAAAGACUGUAUUCGUGUGGGGAAUGGACAACUACAAGCUGAUCCGGACUCUGGAGGGACAUUCUCACAACGUUGUUAGUUGCUCCUUCAGUCCGGAUGGGGCCGUGUUAGCGACAGCGUCAUGGGACACUCAAGUCAUUCUGUGGGAUCCGUACUUGGGAGUCAUCUUGUACACGUUGUACCAUGUCCACCCUCCACCAUCUCUUAUUUAUGCGUCCGGAGCAAAUAGUGCUUGGGUUCGUGGAGUGUCGUAUUCGAAAAAUGGAAUGAACGUGGUCACAGUGUCAGAUGAUCACUUGAUUCGAUUUUGGAACCUCAUGGGGGAUGUGGACCCUGAAGGAAUCGCUGGAGAAGAUGAGGAUCCUCUGUCAUGUAUUUAUUCACCAUCCGGCCGUUGUGUGGCUGUUGGAACGGACAAAUUCAAAGUAACAUUCUACUCAGCUCCUGUAGAGAUUCCAAGACUAACUCACUUAGCUCGAAUGGCCGUAAGGAAGGUCGUUUUGACGCAGCACGUGGAUGAACUGGAGAUUCCAAAUUCCUUAAAGUCCUAUCUUAAGUACAAGGUGUGGGUUUGAAAACGAAAAGACAAGGAAGCCAACUUAAUAAUAAUAAGAAUAGUUUCUGAGUCAUAAGCGCAUUUCAAGCCUCCGCAUAGUUUCUAGACUUAUCUGUAUUCACGUUACAGACUUUGUGAAUAUCAAUCACUGCAAUAAGAUUGAUUUUUACAGAUUUAGACAUACGUUACCCUUGUACAAUUCAAUCAAUGCUCUGCUUUUCUAUCAUUCUCAGCAAUACAAGUGUCAAAAAGUAAAUACUAUACCUGCUGUACAUAACAUACGAUAGGAUAAAAUGCAGUUUAAUGUUUCUGCUUUUACAAUAAUCUUACAACAAUAUGCGACUUAUUACUGUUCUAGUAUUUUUCUCGAAUUUGUCAAAACUCUUAGCAAUUUUUGACCUGUAAUACGCAUACAUACCAAGACCUGCCCCUAUUUUAUCAACUAUCGGCAACUUUUUAAUUACGGUGAUUGUAUAAUAUUUUAAGUAAGUAAUGUACUUAUGAUGUAGGCAAAUAAUAAUAAAAUAAAGAAAUAAGAGUCACAAUGAACUUGUUGUUAUCUAUAAAA